AUGUCUUUCCCUCUCACUACUGCUUAUAAACAAUUUGUGAAGGCUGGUCUGAUUACCCACCUGGAUCAGCACGACAAGCCAGCAAAUCUACCCGGUUAUGUUGAGAGAGAAUCGGAUGUCCUAGCCAAAUAUUUGCAAGAGAGAUUAGGAGAUGCAUUCAAGGAACAAAUCGCGCGAAUCAACCAAAACCAAGAUUCUGAGUUGUUCAACAUACCUGGUUAUGGCGAUGAGGAAAGUGCAAGGCAUUUUCUGCAGGACAUCUUAAGCAUAGCCAAAGACAAUGGUGUUGAUGGGGCGAGCUCAGCUUUAGAUAAAAUAAAUGAGGUUCUACCAAAGAGCUUCCCACCUGCCAACACUACUCUGCCGGCCGAUACAACUCCCCCUGCUAAUACUACUCCGCCGGCCAAUACUACUCCGCUAGCCAAUACUAUUCCACCUGCCAAUACUACUCCACCUGCCAAUACUCCUCCGCCGGCCAAUACUACUCCACCUGCCAAUACUCCUCCGCCGGCCAAUACUCCUCCGCCGGCCAAUACUCCUCCGCCGGCCAAUACUACCCCGCCAGCCAAUACUACCCCGCCAGCCAAUACUCCUCCGCCGGGUAAUGCCAUUAUCUCUGGGUCUCGCAUCUAUGAUCCUAUCAAUAGAUCCGCUGUGGAAUAUUGGAAAACCACGACUGUAACUGACGGCAAGAUUACCAUACUCGCUCAAAAGCAGACAAAACGCCCCAGUAGAUCUCUUUACUCAAUUGAUGGCAAGCAAAGCAGUUAUAUUGUCGAGGUUCAGAAUCCCGUCACCAGAAUUUAUAAGAGAAAGAUCAUGCCUAUCGCAUAUGUAUCCCAUUUGCUCCCUCAAUGGAGACAAGCAGAAAACCCGAUGAUAUUGUACACCUACACCGAGGACAACAAAAUAGAAGAAGGAGAAAUGAAAAUGGAAGGUGGAAUGCCAGCAAAAAAAAAGAUCUUUAAGAGAGAGAUAUCAGGACCAUUGACUAAAUUCCAUUGGUUUGCAUGUCGUGAUUUUCGUGAGGCUGAUCAGGACACUGCGUCACGCAAUCCUAUAACAGAAUGCUGUGUCGAAUUCCUGAAUGAGGAUGGACCCCAGAUUCUACUUAUGAACGAGCUUAAGAAUAAAUUCAUGCAAAGCUGGGAGCUGGAAAGCAUUAUUAAUGAAUCGGCUAAGAUAGAUGAAAUUCCAAGUCCUAAGAAUAGGACACCGCAAAAAUAUAGUGAGAUAAAUCCGUUUUAUCAUGAACCAGAAGAGAUUAUCGACCCACUCAGAAGACAAGCAACGACCUGGCGUGAGGUCAAGGAAAGAUCCUAUGCUGCUGGUGCCACUACACCAAACCGAGCUAUGCCGAAUAAUCCCGUUCAAUAUAGCAUGAUUGCUACUGGAAAGAGUGGCCAACCAGCGGAACAGGAUAUUGAUAGAAUGAUCUCUCAAAAACUAGCAGAGGAGAAGAAAAACACGGAACUUCGUUUCCAAAGAGUCGAAAGCAAAGUUGACAAACUUGAAGACAGUUUGAGUGAAAACACUCUGUAUCUCAGACAGAUUCUCGAUUUGUUGAAGGGGAAAUCCACAACGGAAACAAGUGGUCAUACUGCCGUUCCGAUCAGCGAAAAAGUAAGAAGUACACUGGGAAGUCUUACAAAUGGGUCAUUGGUAAGAGAGGAGACGCUACCUCUUUACGCUUCCCCCGCGCCUGCAUAG